AUGAAUAACCUUUAUAAUACUAAUGCUAAUAAAGAAAAAGAUGAUUUAAUAUCAUCUCUUAAGGAACUAAAAUUAAAGGGUUAUUUUGAUUUUGAAAAUAUAAGCAAUGUGGCAUUUGAUUUUGGUAAUACAUACCAUUUACAACCCAUGGCAGUUUUGUAUCCCAAAACAGUGAAUGAUAUUUCUACAACAAUCAAACAUGUUUUCAAAAAUGGUAAUGUUUAUCCACAACUUACAAUUACUGCCAGAGGACAUGCUCAUUCUCUUCAAGCCCAAUCCCAAAACCAAGGUGGGAUAGUGAUCAGCAUGGAAUCAUUGGAAGAAGCGGAAGUGUAUGUAGAAUCAGAAAAGCAACCGUGUUACGCUGAUGUUUCAGGGGGUGAAUUAUGGAUUAAACUUUUGCGUGAGACACUUAAGUAUGGUUUAACACCAAAAUCAUGGACUGAUUACCUUAAUUUGACUGUUGGUGGAACUUUAUCUAAUGCUGGGAUUAGUGGAGAAGCCUUUAAACAUGGACCUCAAAUUCAUACUUCUAAUGUUCUUCAAUUGCAAGUUGUCACAGGAAAGGGAGACAUAGUGAACUGUUCUGAACAACAGAAUUCUGACCUCUUUUAUGGUGUUCUUGGAGGAUUAGGCCAGUUUGGCAUCAUCACUAAGGCUAGAAUUUCACUGCAACCUGCUCCCAAACUGGUGAAAUGGAUUAGAGUGGUCUACUCAGAAUUUAAUUUAUUAACAAAGGAUCAAGAAUACCUAAUAUUAUCAUCAAAUGAUAGCUUUAGCUUUGAUUAUAUUGAAGGAUUUGUCCUAACUAAUAUUGUGAAUAACUGGACAUCCACCUUUAUUACCAAACAACAACUGCGUGUUAUUCAAUCAGUCUCUCAAGGGAAACUUCUCUACUUCCUUGAACUUGCCAAGUUUUUUAAUCCUCAGGAUCAAACACUUGUCAACCGGAAAACAGAAAAAAUGUUGUCCAAAUUAAAAUAUAUACCUCAUACACUAAUGGAGUCAGAAGUUGGGUAUGUGGAUUUCCUGGACAGGAUUCAUCCAUCCUCAGAGUUCAGACUUGAAGUGAUAGAAUAUCCAAACAUUAGCUUUCCUUGGAUAAAUCUUCUUAUUCCAAAGAGUAAGAUUCAUUUAUUUGGAGCUGAAGUGUUUGGUCAUAUACUAGCAAACAUAAGCUAUAAUCCAAUCCUCAUUUACCCAUUCAACCAAUCAAGAUGGAAGGACAAGACAUCAGUAGUGACACCAGAAGAAGAAGUGAUAUACUUAGCAGCAUUUGUAUCACAAGCAAAGAUCAAUUCAUCAGGAAUGGAUGGACUUGAAAAUAUGUUAGCAGUAAAUCAAAGAAUACUUGAAUUUACUGAGAAAGCAGAGCUUGGAGUAAAGCAAUAUCUGCCAUUUCAUGAAACACAAGAUGCAUGGAGAGCUCAUUUUGGGAAGAGAUGGAAACUUUUUGCACAAAGGAAAUUGGCUUAUGAUCCUCUCUCUAUUCUUGCACCAAAACAAAGAAUCUUUCCAAGAGGACAACCCAUAUUAUUGUGA